CCAGAGGCUUCCGGCUCUCCUCCCUCACCAAAAUGGCCCAUCUCGCUAGUAAAGAGAAGAGGUUCACCUUGAUGCAUGCCCUUGUGGAGCAGAUCCUGUUACAAGAGCCUGAUCUGGCGAAAUUUUUCCAGGAGUUGACAGAAUUUGAAGCCGUUCCUGGUGCUUCCGUCAAAGGUCUCAACGCUGAGGUAGACGUUUUAUCCCAGCAGUUGGAGACGGUAUAUCAGUACCGGAAGUCAUUUAAGGCCAAACACAACAAAGCUUCAGCGAGCGAGGAACGAUUUUUAAAAGACCUGAAGGAUGUUGUUGAAAACUACAAAAUUCAGCAAGCUGAGCUCGUAAAGAAGGCCAGUGAGAUGAAGAAACUUUAUGCUGAGGUUUUGCAAAAGUUCGGGGAAGCCGAAGACCAGGAUUCGCAGGAGCUCUUUGGCUGGAUCGGUACCUUCAUAAAAGAAUUUCAGAGCGCCUACGCGGACAUCAGGCCUCCGCAAAGAUGACAGUUCUCUAAAUUGCCUCAGACGGAAAACAAUAUCCUUCUUCUGUCUGCUGCGUUUUUUUUCCUUUUUACUUACACUCAAUUGUUCAGGACUAAGCGUGACGCCAAUCCAACAUAUGUACAUUCACUUUCUCGUCUUUCAGCAUUUUUUUUUUUUACCAAGAACUGGACUUUAGAAGCAAAAACUGUUGGAAAAGGAAGGAAGUCCGUGGCGUAAAAACUGAAGAUUAAGCCUUAAAAUCCUUUUGUGGUUUUCCAGUCCGGGACAGGGUCAGGAUAAAGGAAGGGGGCAGAAGGGGAAGCCGCCCUGGGCAUACUGGUGGGGUGGUGUCACCAUAUGGCAAGCUUCAAUGCACAUUCUCUAUGGAUCAGUGGUACCCAACCAGCAGACCAGCAGGUACUGCUCCAACACUUACACCCCAUCCACCAACCGCUGAUGGGAAAAACACACCUUGCUUGUGCAACCACCUCCCAGCUGUUAGAAAGCAAGUGAUU